UGCGUGAAAACCGUCACGUGACUUUUGGUGCGAGGAAGUGGAAGAGCUCCGACAAACCUGCGAUGAUGCAUCGUCCGUCUGUUCUCGUUACGUUUGCCGCUCUUGCGAAUGUAUUGGCAGGGGUGUCUGGAGACCGCCUAACGGUGCUACGCAGCCCGCAGUACGUGCGCUUCAGGGAGGGCCAAUGGCCCCUUUCGGGAGAGAAGGUUCCAGAUCUGGUGUCACUGACCAUGGGGUUUUCUGUCCAGGAGGAUCUUGAUUGGCCAGGCCUAGGAGCAGGUUCCCUGUUCCAGCGUCCUCGUGCCAACGUGCUGAUCGCAGUGCGUGGCGUCGGCAGUUUGGAUCUUCCCUCCAACGCCUCCUCUUACCCCCUGGAAAAUCCUGUGCCCUUCACCCUGGACAGCGUGGCCAACACCAUCCACACACUGUUUGCCGAGAGCACCCCAGUGGUCCUGCAGCUCGCCCCUAGCCAGGAGAGGCUGUACAUGAUGGGCAUGGCGAACACCGUGUUUGAGGACUUGCCUGUCACUCUGCAGCAAAUCCGAGCACGUCUGUCACAGGAUGGAUCAGUGCUGCACACACUGCCCCUGCGCUCCCUGAGCCGCAACAAUGAGGCUGACCUGCUCUUCUUGUCUGAGGUUCAGGUGUUGCAUGACAUCUGCGCACUGUUGCUGAGGCACAAGCACUUGGCUAGAGACCAGGCCCCUGACCUCUUCUCCCUGGAGCUGGCCGGCCUGGAGGAGCUCGCCCGCCGCUACGGCACCGACUCCUCCCAGUUCCAGGACUCCACCAAGAUCCUGGCCACUGCACUGCAGAAGUUUGCUGAUGACGUGUCUGGUGUCUAUGGAAACAAUGCGGUGGUGGAGGUGGUGACGGUGAAGACGUUUGAGGCCCCGCUCACCCGGAAGGCACGCUCCAUCCUGGAGAGCAACCGCGGGAGUAACCCAGGAAGCCCCUACAACCGGGCCUACAAGUACAACUUUGACUAUGCCGUCAUCUUCAACAUCGUCCUCUGGCUGGUGAUCGCCAUGGCUUUAGCCGUGCUCGUCAUCGCCUACAACCUGUGGAACAUGGACCCCGGCUAUGACAGCAUCAUCUACAGAAUGACCAAUCAGAAGAUCCGAAUGGAUUAACUCAUCUACCUUCCAUACCAUGUUUUGUGUGUUGUGCACUUAAGUGUUUGAAGUGAAUUGUACAAAGAAGCUCGAUCUGAUUCACAUUGUGAUGUAUGUGCAGAAUGAGGAAUAUUUAUUGAUGCCUGAUGUGUAUAUUAGUUUAGAAACCAGCUGCUUCCGGUCUUUACGAGUAUUUCACCCAAAGCGCUUAGUUUGUCAGUGGAAGGUUGUAAUGGCUGAUUAGUGUAAAACCUACAGUUCUUUCACUAUUACUCGCAUUACUGUUGUGUUCGCAUUUUCACCAAUGCCCGGUACAGGAUGUAAAGAACUUCGAACGUAGUUACAUUUCUAAGCGUGUGAAAAUCCGUAGAUGUAGUCAGUCGUUCUGCAGGGUGAAGGUGUUGCAAAUUGCAACACCCCUUAUUUCUUGUUGGUUUUUGUCAUUUGGUGUGGAUGUUGUUGUUGUAGAUAAGUCAUACUUUUAAAGUAAUGUUCGCUCUUCAGCCCAACCUCUCAUUUAGAGUUGGGCAUAAUAACCUUGUUUGAGAGUAUUAGUUAAAAAAAAAAAAAAGGCAUCGACUCUCAUUUCUCACUGCUACAUAAGUGUAGCAGUUACUUAAGCAAAUCAUAUUUUCGAUAAUGUAAAAGUCACGUUAUGUCCGCGUAUUUUUGUUUAUAACUUUGUGAAUGUCAAUAGUCAAGUUUGAACGCAACGUACUGUUUCUGAAACGAAAUGCGGAAUAAACGCGAGCUGGACGUUGG